UGAUGUUCAGCGUCCAACUGUCCUACAUUCAAUCACAUCACCUUAAAAAAUCAUGUUCUCCUUCCAUAGACCUAAGGUUUACCGGUCGUCUACGGGGUGUUGCAUAUGCAAAGCGAAAUCUAGCAGUUCUAGGUUUACCGAUAGCAAAAAGUACGAGGAUGAUUUUUUGGAAUGCUUCAAACUGUCGUCGCCCAGGCAAGGAGAGAUUUGCAAUGCUUGCGUGCUAUUGGUCAAAAGGUGGAAGAAGUUACCAGUGGGGUCAGAUAGAAAUUGGAGACAUGUGGUGGACGCUAGGGCGGCCCCCGGCAUGAAGUCCUUCACCAAACUGAAGACGAAAACAAAAGUAACGGAGGAAAAGAUGGACGACAAGGUGAAAAAGAAGAAGCAUUUCAGAAAGGUGAGUUGGGAAUACAGUCCUACGUUGUCUGACAAGAGUGACGCAGCUGAAGACAUGGACAUUGCUGACAUUGAUUUCCUUUCAGAAGAUGGUCCUAGUAUAACUUCGCCCGGAAACGGUAGUCCUGGAGUUAGUGACAACGAAGACUCGUUAGUAUCGCAACAGGAUAGAAGUCGCAGACGUAAAGGCAAAUCGAGAAGAAGGGACGAAAGGACCGAAAGCAUCAGUGGAUUUAUCGAUCUGAACUACUGGAAAAAGGAAGCCGUGUGUUGUGGUACGAUAUUCCGCGGCCGCAACGACGAGAUCAUGGUCGACCCGAGCCACCUAAAGCCCUGCGUGGCACGCCUAGCCCUUUGGAAAUCGAAAGCGCCGACUCAAGUACCUCCCACUCAGGUGCCUCUGCCCUGUACCGCGGCCAAACUGUACAGCGACAGCAGUUCGGACUCUGGCUACGACGAUUCCUCCAAUCAGGGCAUGGUAAUGUCGCCCGAGUCCGCUGUGGUUACGGCAACGCCGGAACCGGUGGCGCCGCUGUCCAGUGGUGUCAGUUACAAGAACUCUGAACGGGUAGCGGCGAAAAUUUAAAUCUCGCGCGCCAUCUGUUUUCGUAUUUAUCGAUCUAAUAAGUUAAAUUCAUAGGAUUUAUACUAUUCUUCUGUAGGCCUCUUCGGUAGGUCUGUUUUUAGUUUAUUUGUGAAUAUUAUUUAUAUAUCUAUUGUAGUUUGUACUUAAAAGAGGUAACGAUAAAAAGAGGUCUAAGGCACAAAAUCGGUUGAAUUUUUAUUGUCGUGUUAUGUACAAAAGGAGGUUUAUAUGACGUAUUUUUUUUCUGUGUGUGUGUAUGGAGAGUUGGUCAGGAGAAAGAGUAAUUUUGUGUUAUCAGUUAUUAUUAUUAUGUUGCUUUUUUUACCCUUUUCCUAUCUUUGUUAUCUUAUAAUAAGGUAAGAGUGAAAAAAAUCGAUUUGACACUCGCUAAGUCGGUAGACGUUAUAUGGUUGAGGAACGCGGUUCGAAAUCCCCCUAAACACAGGUCUAAUUCAUAUUCGGCCUGCCA